AUGACAUUAGGAGGGUGCAAGGGUGGCCCUGCAACAGCGUCCGUGAGGGAAAUAUACUCGAUAGUUGAGAUGCAACAAUUUCAACGACCAACCAUAUUAAAGGAGAUGACGGUUUGUACAAUAGGCAGGAUCAGGGUCUUGUCAGCUUCCGGUCGUGAAUAUCAGGCGGAACGCCUCGACACCCCAAAUCCUGGAGCUGCCCACAGUCUGUACCGUGCAGCGCGUGGCCGGAACCGUCGGUUACACCCGAGUGCAUGGGUCCCAAACAACCUGAAGCAGCGUUCUCGUGUACGGUACAAUGCAACGUGGCAUCCGACAACCUCCAUAGGGACCGAGCUCAUGCUUCCACACUUCCUACCGACCUCUGUCACGCCACCGUCUCAGCAUCCCGACCACUCGAUUUAUGACAUGAUCGCACCGGCCCGUGCACUCCUGUGCGCGUUCACACGUCUAUUCGCAACAAGGAUAAACUCAUCUGCCUAUCCAAUCUGGCUUCUCCAUAGCUUCGCUGAACCUUCAGUUGCGGUGCUUCCGGAAGCUCGAUGUGGUACAUAUGAAGAUCCCGUCAGGUCAACGAUUUGUACCAGCGAGCGGGCGUACAGCGCAGGCUCUGCUCGCGCGCGGGGCAGACCAAACUCCGCACCGGCCACGGUGUACGCCUUCUGCAUGCCUGUCGGGACGGACUUGGAAGGCACGGACCAGAGUGUCGUCGAGUCUCAGAUUCACCGACCAAUCUUACUCCUUCCCGAUAUCCUCAUGACGUUGGGAGAUCCCUUCUCCCGGCGCUGCACCCCCGGCCGAGGAGGAGGAGGGUAUUCACUCGCAGCAAUUCAACAGGGACGCGCUUGGCCCCGAUGA